AUGAUAUUUGUCGCAUUUACAAUUCUAAUGGUCCGAAGUAACAGUUUGGAUUUUUUGUUCAGUGCUCAAGAAUAUGACAAUCACAAAAUAUUAUAUCAGCGCAAUUUUUGAAGCUAAGGAUGUUGCUCAGAUUGCUGCCAUCGUCAUUGGAUGUAUCCCAAGUUUCAUCACUGGUCUCAUCAUAGCCUGGCCCUCUCCAUCAGUGGUAAAAAUAUUAGAAGACAAAGAAACGUACAAUAUAACUCCGCAGCAAGCAUCAUACUUCAGUGUAUUAAACGCAAUAGGACCAAUGAUGUUAUCAAUAUUCGUAUCGAGGCUUUGUGACUGUUUAGGAAGAAAACGAACCCUACUGAUAUCAGCAGUACCCCACGCAGUUUGUUGGGCUAUGAAAGCAUUUUGCACUGAUUUGAAUUUACUGUAUGUUUCGCGAGCAAUCGGCGGCUUUGGUGAUUCCUUUAUGUACAACUCCUUACCGAUGUAUAUUGGAGAAAUAUCCACACCAAGAGUUAGAGGAGUUUGGGGCAAUGGACUGAUAUGCAGCUUAUUCCUUGGACUUUUCAGUAUCAAUUUGAUUGGAUCUUACUGUACAGUUCGACUAACCGCUUCAAUAUGCCUUAUAUUUCCUAUAUUAUUUUUAAUUACGUUCCCUUUCAUGCCUGAAUCGCCAUAUUUCUACGCAAUGCAUGAAAGAGAUCAAGACAUAAUUAAUUCACUGAAGACAUUAAGAGGUACUGAAGAUGUUAUGGAAGAAUUUAAAAGUUUAAAGUUGGAUGUGCAAAGGCAAAUGUCAGAACCUGGAACUUGGAAAGAUCUUUUAACAAUUGAAAGUAACAGAAGGGCUAUAUUAGCGGGAGUGUUUUUGAGAGUGUCUCAAAACUUCUGUGGUCUUCUGGCGUUUCCUGUAUAUGCCCAGUAUAUAUUUGAGCAUGCUGGUAAUACCAUUAAUCCGAAAAUAUCAGCCAUAGUGUAUACGGGACUGUCUAUUUUGUGCUACAUAAUUGCUGCUAAUUUUUCCGAUAGACUCGGAAGAAGAAAUUCGUUUAUAGUUUCAAUGUGUUUAACAUCCAUCCCAUUAGUUAUGGAAGGUCUGUACUUUUUAGUAAAAGAACAUUUUCCGAUCAUCAAUGUGAGAUACUUACAAUUUUUUCCACUGUUGGGGAUGAUUAUUUUUAUAAUUAUAGCAUCGAUGGGUGUUGGGUUAGUGCCCACUUUAAUGUUAGGUGAACUAUUUUCAGCGAGUGUUAAAGUAAAGUGCUUAAGUAUCGUUACGACAUUCUUCUCUCUGUCUUACUUUAUCGCUAAUAAUUUAUUCUAUUACGUCAGUCACUAUGUGGGUUUGUUUGGACCAUUUUUUAUUUUUGCAAUUUCAAAUAUAAUUUCCGCUAUUUUGGCUACGUACAUAAUACCCGAAACCAAGGGGAAAACUUUGGAAGAAAUUCAACAACAACUAAAGAAGAAGAAAAAUGCAAAUGACGAUAGUGAAUGUUAGGUAAUUGUAUGAGAUUUAAGUUGAGAGUAGCAACUUCGGGUAUUUUUUAAAGUAAAAUGUUUGUUGAUAAUUGGACAUUGAACAUUUACAUUGUUUUAAAUAGGGCAAUUAAUAUGCAGGUUAUGAAAGCCAUGUAACAUAUAAGCCAAAAAAUACUAGUAAUUAUGAAUUUAUAGAAUUACUUUUUUAAGA